AUGUGCGACACAAAUCUAACACAACUCACUAACAGUGUAACUCAAGAACAAAAGAUAAUCAUUCCUGCAAAGCAGUUAUUGUUAACUGUCGAAACUCUCUACUAUUUUCUGUUAGUUAACUUGUGGGGUCCUGCCCAAGCCGUGUGCGUUCUUGGAAUAACUACAAACAUUCUCAACAUAAUUGUUUUUUCUAAACAAGGAGUGCGUGACACUGUCAACAUAAGCCUUCUGGGCUUGGCCACAUCAGACUUGGGUUCCCUGAUUACGUUGCUUUAUAUAAAUAUCUCAUUUAUGCCAGAUUUUAUUGCGCUGGACCUCCCGUUUGUCAACAGUGACGUCAUGUAUAUUUCUUGCUGGUGCCAUAUAAUAUUCACCAGAGUCAGCACUUGGAUAACUGCUUACAUCACAUUAGAGAGAUGUCUCUGUGUUACUGCGCCUCUGAGAGUCAAGAAUUUGUUCACGCCCAAGAGGACAGUACUGAUUCUUGUUGUUGUCUAUGUGUUGAUGACUGCAAGCAUCUGUCCUAUGUUCUACGCUGCUAGGCCUGCCAGAAUUUUUGACCCUUCAAAUAACCGAACCUUGUUUGGAAUAUACUUUAUAGAAGACCGAAGCAAGAUAGAAGCUAUUACAUUCAUGACAAACAACACAAUCCCAACACUGGCCUUUUUUACAGUGGCAAUCUGCACCGCAAUCCUUGUCUCAACUUUACGAAAGAAAUCAAAAUGGCGUCUACAAGCUACCAUGUCUACUGCCAAAACUGUCGUAGCUGACAGAGAUAACAAGGUGGUCAAAAUGGUGGUACUAAUAUCUAUUAUAUUCAUUGUUUGUUACUUCCCGGGAGCAGCUGUUUUUGUGUACAUGUUACUAGAUGCCGAUUUACGAAUUGAUGGAAUUCAGAAGAAUUUGAUAACUGCAAUUUUUGCAAUUUUAUUUCAUCUGGAAUCCAUUAACUCCACUGUUAACAUCUUUAUAUAUUUGAGCAUGAGUUCAAAGUUUAGGGCUUUUCUCAUGAACAUGAUGUGUUUCAAGUGUAGUAAACGAUCGGUGUGUUACAAAUUGUAUAAAUAA